UUGCUCUCCUCCUGCAGGUGGAGGAAGUCUACGAUCCGGAGCGGUGUCUGGACUACCCCCUACAGCUGGAUCUGGAUUUGGACCGCGACCUCGGAGACGAGGAGAACUUUGACGUGGACGACCUGGACGAAGGUCCGAUCUUCGCCAUGUGCAUGACGGGUCGGGGAGACCAGGCCACUCUGAACCAGUGGAUCUCUGGCCUCCAGCAGAACAACCCCAUCCUGGGGAAAGUUCCCACUCUGUUCCGCCUGGACGCAGGAAGCGGGGAGCUGCAGGCGGCGGCGGACGCAGAGUCGGUCCGUAGACCCCAUGCGGAGAGGGAGGACCCCGAAGCUUUAGUGGAGGAGGAGUCCGGGAGCAGGCAGCGGAUGAAACAGUGACCUCUGGAGGACGGAGCAGGAAAUAAACUCUGGAUUUAAACGGAGAAGGAUUUAAGUCGGACUUCUGGAAAAAAGUUAAUUUAACAUAAAAAGCUGCAAAGUUACGCAACCAGAGGAGAACCGGGUUCUACUGCCCGGCGUUUCUCUCCUCUGACCUCAGAAGCUAUGGAGAGAAAUUAGUGCCAAUAUUGGAAACAUAGAAAUAGUUAAAUAAAGAAACAUUUUAAAAUAAUUUAUAAUAUGUAUGAUAAACUUCUGCCAAUAUUUUUACAGCUUAUAUUAACUCAGUGAUUUUUUUUUUCUGGUUUAAUUUUUUUUUUUGUGGAUGAGUUUUCCAAAUUGCAUUCUGUUCAAAUCCUGUUUUACAGUUUUUUUUUCUCCAUACACUCACCCAGAUGUGAGAGCGGGAAAUCUAUAAAACACGAUUUAAAACAGUAGAAAAAUUAAAGAGUAACUAAUAAAAUAAAUA